GUCACCUUGAAACUAAAGUUGUGGCGUCUUCUUCCUUGUUGGAGCACCACGCUGCACUUGGGAUUUCAAAGGUGACGCUGCUCCAAACCUGUCACAACCACCCAGGGGCUGACCUGCAAUACUCGAGGCUGGCGCCCCGCAUGGGCGUUGGAAUCACCAAUUGAGGUGGCUGAAUAUGUGAGGAUGCUUGUUUAGACCUUAAAGGUGGUGGAAGUAUCAGGCUGCAAAUCAAGGCACUGGGUUGUUACACGCGGAGCAGCGCUAGUAUAGAUAUCAGUUGCCUCCACCACUUUGAUGGUGAGCCAUCCGGCCUCUCAAGGUGCCUGGGCGUGACAGGAACUUUGCAGCAAGGCGCCCAGCUGCCCUAGUGGAGUGGUGGUACAGCGCGCUCGUUGGUUACUCCUCACUUCCAAAUCACCUUUCCUGCGCCUGCGCUUGUUUGAACAGGGGGCGCCACGAUGCGGCUGGCCAAAGUGUCCACCUGCAACCUGAACCAAUGGGCCAUGGACUUUGAUGGCAACUUGGCGCGCGUGGUGGCGUCCAUCCGGCAGGCCAAGGCCGCGGGGGCAGUGUACCGCGUGGGGCCGGAGCUGGAGCUGACCGGCUACGGCUGCGAGGACCACUUCCUGGAGGAUGACACGCUGCAGCAUGCGUGGGAGAUGCUGGGCGAGAUCCUGGGGGAUGAGUCGCUGACGCGGGACAUUGUCUGCGACAUCGGGCUUCCUGUGGAGUAUGGCAAUGUUCGGUACAACUGUCGCGCCUUCGUCCUGAACAGCCGGAUCCUCAUGGUGCGGCCCAAGCUGUAUCUGGCCAACGACGGCAACUACCGCGAGACGCGCUGGUUUGCUGGCUGGAAGCAUGCAGGCCGCGUGGUGGACCUCAAGCUGCCGGAUGUCAUCACGCGGAAGACGGGCCAGAAGACAGCCCCCUUUGGCGACGCGGCGCUCUCGUUCAAUGACACCAUGCUGGGCAGUGAGACGUGCGAGGAGUUGUUCACGCCCAAUGCGGCGCACAUCCCGCUGGCGCUCAACGGCGUCGAGAUCAUCUCCAACGGAUCUGGCUCCCACCACGAGUUGCGCAAGCUGAACACACGGCUCGACCUCAUUCGGAGCGCCACCCGCAAGGCUGGCGGGAUCUACCUGUAUGCCAACCAGCAGGGCUGUGAUGGGGGCCGCCUCUACUACGACGGGUGUGCGUGCAUCGUGGUGAACGGGGACGUGGUGGCGCAGGGCUCUCAGUUCUCGUUGAAGGACGUCGAGCUCGUCACUGCCGUCGUCGACCUUGACGCCGUGGCGAGUUACCGCGGCGCCAUCAGCAGCAUGCGCGAGCAGGCCAGCCUGGAGCCGCGCGUGCCGUUGGUGUCCGUCGACUUCCGCCUCUCCGCCGCCAUGGACGGCCUCGACCUCUACCCCUCCCUGCCCAUCCAGCCCCGGCUGCACCGGCCGGAGGAGGAGAUCGCGAACGGCCCCGCGUGCUGGCUGUGGGACUACCUGGUGCGCUCCGGCGCGGGCGGCUACCUGCUGCCGCUCUCAGGCGGCGCCGACAGCUCCUCCACCGCCGCCAUCACCGGCAACAUGUGCCAGCUCGUCAUCAAAGAGAUCGAGGCGGGCAACGCGGACGUGCUGGCUGCUGCGCGGCGCGUGGGCCACUACCCGGAGGACGAGACGCCCAAGGACGCCAAGGAGCUGGCGGGCCGCCUCUUCUACACCGUCUACAUGGGCACCGAAAACAGUUCCGCCGCGACCAAGAAGCGCGCUGCGAAGCUGGCCGCGGAGAUCGGCGCGACGCACCACGCGGUGGUCAUCGACACCGUCGUGUCCGCGCUCACCACGCUCUUCCAGGUCAUGACCGGCAAGCGGCCGCGCUACAAGGUGGACGGCGGGAGCGUGACGGAGAACCUGGCGCUGCAGAACAUCCAGGCGCGGCUGCGCAUGGUGCUGGCGUUUUUGCUGGCGCAACUGCUGCCGUGGGUGUACUCCCGCCCCGGCUUCCUGCUCGUGCUGGGCAGCGCCAACGUGGACGAGGGCCUGCGCGGCUACCUCACCAAGUACGACUGCAGCAGCGCGGACGUGAACCCCAUCGGCGGCAUCUCCAAGCAGGACCUGCGCCGCUUCCUGCAGUGGGGCGCGGUCCACCUGGGCUACCCCGCGCUCGCGGAGGUGGAGGCCGCGCCGCCCACCGCGGAGCUGGAGCCCAUCCGCGAGAACUACGUGCAGACGGACGAGGCCGACAUGGGCAUGACGUACGAGGAGCUCAGCCUGUACGGCCGCCUGCGCAAGAUCUACCGCUGCGGGCCCGUCUCCAUGUUCCAGCACCUCUGCCACCGCUGGCAAGGCAAGCUGUCGCCUGCGGAGGUGGCGGGCAAGGUGAAGGACUUCUUCCGUUUCUACUCCAUCAACCGCCACAAAAUGACCACGCUCACGCCCUCUUACCACGCCGAGAACUACAGCCCCGAGGACAACCGGUUCGACCUGCGCCAGUUCCUGUACAACGUGCGCUGGCCGUGGCAGUUCCGCAAAAUUGACGAGCUCGUAGCGCGCUCGGCCGCCGCCAGCGGGGGCCCCGCCACCGCGCAGCACACCGCGCUGCCGCCGUCCCUGCUGGGCGAGCUCACCAAUGCGGAGCGCGCGGGGGUGGACGUGGACAGCGCGGGGGGCGUCCCGGCCGCGGGGGCAGGACCGCCUCAAACAGUGGAGGCAGUGCACCCGUCGCGGGCUGCACGGAGCCACCCAGGGGUAGCGAGCAAUCACAGCAGGAAUUGAAAUAAGUAGGACUCACAGCCCAAGUCAAGUGUACUUUGAGAGAUGUAUAGCAGAGAUUCGAAAAUAACAGUCCGUGCUUCCAUGCUCUUUACUCAUUGUAUGCCUCGAAGUGAGUAAAGGCAUACAAUCUGCCUGGCAUGCAAAAAUCCAUCGCUCAGUAUAGGUUGAUUUCAGAACCUGAGAACUUAUACUUUAGGCAAGCGCGUAGAAGUUGAUAGUCCCGGUCGCACAUGUACAUCUCAAAACAUGUAAGUAGGUUUUCUGAGUGCCUGAACGACCAGCUACAAAUCAUUGUUUGGGCUUCUGAACCAACGAUCGUGGGGACGUUAAGACGGUUG